CGAUCAGAACUUCACUAAGUCGAGGGUAAUAUGGACUUUUCUCUCUUCUCAUCCUCCUCGUUCAGCUUCGAGUGUCUCUUCCAGUUUCAGCUUCGAGAAAGCUCGUCGCCGCUCGCCGCCACGCCGGGAAGGAAUCGCCCCAAAAAGCCCGCGCACACCGGUGGGUCAGCGCACGAGGAGCGGGAGCAGCCACCACUCGCCGGCGAUGGAGAGGGUCGUGGUGGUCUCCGAGGACGCCGCAGCCUCGGUCUCCUCCGCCCCGUCCUCCUCCUUCGCGGAAACCAGGGUCAUCUGUCGCGUAUGUCAGAAGCAGUUCGCGCAGUACACUUGUCCACGCUGCAACUCCCGCUACUGUUCACUUACGUGCUACAAGGGGCAUAGUGUGCAAUGCACUGAGUCGUUUAUGCGUGAGAAUGUUACGGAGGAGCUUAAGCAGAUUCAGCCUGAAGAUGAAUCAAAAAGGAAGAUGCUCGAUAUACUCAGACGGUUCCACUUGGAAGAAGAAAUGGAGUCUGAUGGUGAAGAUGAGUCAAUGCUGUCAGAGGAGCUUAUUCAGAAAGCCAUCUCUGGUGACGAAAUCAAGCUUGAGGACCUCUCUGAUGAUGAAAUCAAACGAUUUCGUCAAGCUCUGGCCUCUGGUGAACUCAGCAAGAUGAUUGAGCCAUGGACACCAUGGUGGAAAAAUCCUUCUGCUAAAUCGAUCUCUCUUAGUCAUGAUGGGAGCCAGCUUAUUAGACAAAUAAGUACAGAUGAUACUACUUUAUCAGAUCCAAUGACUGCGUCAGAGUCUAUCAUCAAUGAAAUACCAGAAGGGCCAGAAUCUCCUCUCCCAUCACUCAAACAGCUAACCAGGGCAGAGCCAUCUCCUCUGCUCACUGUUCACUUGGUUGAUAUUCUCUACAGUUACUGCUUUACACUUCGCCUCUACAAUGGUGAUUGGCAGUCUGAUCCUUUGGGUGCUUCAACUGUUGCCUUGUCUAUGUCGAAAGUCAUGGGGGACGUCUCUAAACCUGAGUCAGUAUCUGAAGCGCUCACAACAUGCAUAGAGGAGACAUGCUCCCCAGCUUACAGGCACACCGGAGGUUUCAGGUUUGCUAUUGGACUUGUGGAUGAUAUCGUCACAAUCCUCUCCUUAGGAGGCAAUGCAGUGGUUUGUGCAUUGUGUGACUUCCACAGGCUCAUCCAAGCUGGUGAGAGCAUCCUCAAGGAAGACAAAAUGGGCGAGACGGAAAAGGCACAGAGCUUCAAAAAGCUCCAUGCCGCGGGUAGGAAGCUGUUCUUCAUGACAUGCUGGGCUCAUGAGCAGCCAAGUGAGGCCUGGCCAUCGUUGGCUCGCAUCGUUGAGGUGCAGAAAGUGGCUUUUGAGGAGCUUGACAGUGGAAGCGGACUGAGGAAGGCAGGUAGAAAGAACAACCCACAGUCCAAGGUUCUUAUCGAGGAGGUGUAAGCAUAUCAACGCAGUACUGCUGGAAUAACCGCACUUUGUUUUCUCGCCACCCUUUUGGUAUCUCCCAGCUGUAUCAUUUGAUCCUUGUGCCCUUCUUCAUCUUCAAGUGCAGUGGCUUAAAUGUAUAAACUGUCAUCUUUGGAAGAUGUGAUAGUUACAUUUCUGAAGUUCUCAUAUUAAAGCGACCUGGUUAAUCACAUUUCCGAGCAAAUAUUGCUCAUAUCAACAUGCUAUCUGUGGCGCUAAUUUUCA